GGCAUAUAAACCUCAGGAAUUCARAGACACUCCAGCAGACUUCGAAAUUGAUCCAAUAGUACUUUUCAGGAUGACAGUGAUUAUUCUACUCCUGCUGUUACUUGCGUUUACUUUUUCUGAAGCGGAGGACAAUGAGCUGUUCUCCGUGAUCAGCACCCCCCCUGAGAAGGGCCAGAGUGUUUUACCUGGCCAGAACCAGAGCACAAGGCUAGGGGCCAAAGACCCCUCUCUCCCCAUCAACGAGCUCCUGGAAAAGGGCAUCAAAGCCGGGGACUCCAAGUACGCCCUCCAYCCCCUUCCCUCGGGGGUUUGGCCCAAGCACAGUGACCCUCGCCCCGGCCCCCACAACAAGAGCAAGAAGGGCCCUAAAAAUGACCGCCUGAUUGAGCACAACAGCGAGAAGAACCGCGGUGAGGCGAGUCUAGUGCUUCCCAAAAUGCCACUGACCGCUGCCACCAACCGCACACAGAAAGUAAACGUGGACCCUCACCGGGACCCCCACACCAACUUCAACAACCCCCCACAGAGUGACCCGGACAGUCACCCCAACUCCAGACCCAGGGGCCACCCUCACUCGGCCCCCUCCCCUCGCAGGGACCCCUCAACCAGAAAGCUGGACCCGGAGGAGAACCGCCCUGGAGGGAAGUCCAGUCUGUACCAGUCCGGCGGCGCCAACCGGAAUAACAGCCGCUCAUCUGUGCUCCUCAACCGUCGCUCCUCCAGCCUGCUCUACCACUUCGACAUCCUGAAACGAGAGUCUGACUUCACUCACGAGGCCGUCUGCAUGAGUGAGUGCAGGAAGGAGAAGGAGGAGAGAGAGCACUACUGCUACAGUGAAUUUGCCGUCAAUGGGGUCGUUCACGACAUAGACGUGGUGCGUAAGGGGAUUAGACUCAUCACACUGAUGGUGAGCAGCGAUGGCUUCUACAAGAUGAGCCGUCUCUACGUCACUCCAGACAGCUUCUUUCUCAAAGUGCGUCUCCUUGUCCUGGACACCUACAAAUGUAGCAAGCCUUGUCCUGACAUCAAACUAGGUAGCCGGUACAUUGUAAUGGGUCAGAUCUACCACCGGAGGCGCCACCUCCCCAACGACCUCCUGGCCCUGUUGGGGGGAAAACUGAAGCCAGGGGACGGCCUCCUGCGUAGCAACAACUACGUCAAGCGCUUCAACAAGAGGAGACACCAGAAAGCCCUGGAGGCCACCCGCUCCAAGUGUAGGUAAAACCAAAACAGACUAUCGCCCCCUGCAGUGGCGGAAAAGACAUUGCAGUCGUCAACAUGAAGUGACUGAGACCUAUAACCCCUACACCAUUUCAGCAGAGACGUAGAUGGACGAGGCCAAUAUGUUGUUUUUUCCGGCAUGGACCUCCUGCACUUGUUUGUCAUAAUCCAGGUUGAGUGGUAAUGUUUUUGCUUGUCUGUCUGUACAGUCUUUACCUUGUAGCUUUGCGUCCUCUUUGAUAGAAGACACAAGUGGAGUCUUUAUCAAAGGUUCUCGUCUUUCAACCUCUGCUUGAAGUAUUGCCCCAUCAGAUUUACUAAAUGUAUUUUUAAAAACCUUUUAACUAGGCAAGUCAGUUAGA